AUGCAGGAGAAAAGGAACAUUCGCGUGAUCGAGUGGGCGGACCUGGACAAGCGCAAGUUCUACUCCCUGGGCGUGUUCAUGAUGCUGAGCGUGCGGGCCACGGUCUACCCCUUCACGCUCAUCCGCACGAGGCUGCAGGUGCAGCGAGGCAGGAGUCAGUACCGCGGUACGGCAGACGCCUUCAUCAAGAUCCUGCAGAGGGAGGGAGUGCUGGGUCUCUAUCGGGGCUUCGCUGUGAACGCAUUAACUCUGGUGUCAGGACAGUUCUACAUCACGACCUAUGAACUCGUGCGAGACCAAGCCAGCAGGCUGGGAGCUGACAACACAUUGAAGUCAGUGGCAGGUGGCGGGGUGGCUUCACUGGUGGCGCAGAGCAUCACGGUGCCCAUCGAUGUCGUGUCACAGCACCUCAUGAUGCAGGGCCAGGCCGGGGAGGGUGGCGGCCGCUUCAAAGUGCAGGACCAUCCCAAGCGGGGUCUGAACGCCCACGCGGCCCAGGUGGGCACCAAUCCGACGGAGGGCAAACGGGGGCGCCCGUCCUUCGGGCAAGCCAGGGACAUUGUGAGGCAGAUUCGGCAGGUGGACGGCAUGCGAGGGUUCUACAGGGGCUACCUGGCCUCACUGCUCACCUACAUCCCCAGCAGCGCCGUCUGGUGGCCCUUCUACCACUUAUAUGCCGAGCAGCUCUCUAGUAUGGCCCCCAGCAACUGUCCUCACCUGGUCCUCCAAGCAGUCGCUGGUCCCAUGGCGUCCGUCACAGCCUCCGUGCUGACAAACCCCAUGGACGUUAUUCGGACUCGUUUGCAGGUGGAGGGCCGUUCUUCCAUCUUGGAAGCAUUGCGGCAGUUGUGGGCACAGGAGGGCAUGUGGGGCUUCACCAAGGGCCUGUCGGCGCGCAUCGCGUCCUCUGCGCCCACGUCAAUGCUUGUCGUCCUGGGAUACGAGACUCUGAAGCGCCUUAGCCUGAGGACUGAGCUGGUCCACACGCGGCAUUGGUAGCGAUGGUAUCCGUCGGCUCGGCGCUUUCGUUCGAUUUCCAGCAGCUCGUGUGGGCUUCUAGGAGACAUUGGCGGCUCUCGCAAGUGAAAGCUACGUGGCCGUUGGUGCAAUUGAGGCUAGGUUUGCAGACAAGCAUUCAUCUGUUCUGCAAAAGGUUUUGUUUUUAUUGCCCGUGAAUCUGCUAAAUAGUUAUGAAUCGCAAAGCGAAAUGUAUUUUGCGGAAAUCUUUGGAUCGGUAGGAAGUGGACUUUACCGUAUGUGAGUAGCAAUGAUGUCCUUUGUCUUCACCGACUCUUGAAUUUGUUAAAGCACUGAUGUGACUGCAUAAGUAAUCAAAGGUUAAUGGUUCUGCUGGGCAACCACUGGCGGUAACAGAAGACGGACAUGAUUUGACACCAACAUCGACAACAGAGCGGGAAGGAAAAUGGGUGUAAAUAAUUUUUAAUUUAUAAAAACUUAAUGUGUUUUAUGAAAUUGAUUUGCGCUUUCAUUGCCGAUUGAUGGAACAUGGUAUUAAUAUUGUGGGUCCAAAGUGCAGUGCAGUUUGGUGACACUUAUUAUUGAUAUUAUUUUUAAAAGCUGUAUAUUUCAGUCGGGUAACUUGUAACAAUUUUACUAAAUAAGAUCGCUGCUUGAAAGUUAUUAAAAAUGGUACAUUUUGUGAGAAUGUAGUGCUCCAUUUUUAUUUCGAUGGGUUAAACUUGAAUUGUGACCCUGCUUUCAUGUCGCUGAUGUAGAUUCAGAGCAACAACUACAAUUUGACAUUAAGGUGGUGAAGCCAGAUUACCGCAUCAGGAUUAUCGGAGUGUAUCGCUGUGAUGUCUCCUUGGUAUUUGUCGAUCGGGCAUUACUUUGUUGUUAUAUGUUGUAUGGUCUGUUUUGGACGACCACAGUCACACGCUGAAGAGUUUUUAAUUUUCCAUUUGUGCAUCGGGUAUCUGCAUCUGCUAUGGUUUUUGCGGAUGCGGUUUAGAGUGGACCAUGAACUUCGUGUAAGAUCAAACCCCAGGGUUCUUUGCGUUGGGUCUUUCACAAGGUGUUUGUGAGUUAUUUUGAACUCCAUUCAGCUCUGCAAGCUUCAUUGCAGUUGAACUUGUGACUGCAAGCUGCAUACACGGUGGAUCAGUUAACCUUGAAUGUCACAGCAGCCUAUCCAUUGAACACCUCUGAGGUGGCGUUGCAAAAACAGCAUUAUUGUAUUAACGGUGUGUGGUGAAAGACAGUGCUCAGUUAUGCUGUUGAAAUGCUGGGUGUUUUAUGUGAUUGAAAACUCUUGUAUCCCUAAUGGCAAUCAACUAUUACUCUUAAUUAUCCAAGUACUGUAACAACUCAUCGAUACAUCGAUAAAAAUGUUAACACCAUAUACGCAAUGAAUCAUACAAUGGGAUUACUUGCGAUUUAAAAUUGUAAGUUAAAAUUGUAAUGCAAAUGAAAAGACUAACAUUUUGGCAAAUGGAAUGUAAAAAAUAAAAGGCAAAAACAAUGUUUGCUAUAAAUUUCAAUCCCAAGUUAUAUGACCGUUGAUUUGAUCGUUUUUAGGAAUGGAACGGGGGUGCAGUGGUGUAUCGUGUGUUAUUGAGCUCUUGCUGGGGCCACUAAUUAUCCUUGUGUUAGACAGUCCGUUCACCCCUAUACAAGUAACGAUCGUUUUGUGGUGUACACACGUCGGCGUACCUCUGCUUCCUGGAUGUUCUUGUAUGCUCGCAUCUCACUGUGUUAUGUGGACUAUUCUAUCAAAACAUGCUUGAAAUUUUAACUGUCGCUUACUUUUUCUGAGCCGCAAAAGUUGUAACAACAUUCACAAUAACAGAACAGGACUCUCUGUGAGAGACGCUGAAGAUCACAAAACGAGGAAAGCAUCUGUCAUGAGCGUUGACCCUCAAUUAUGAGGUUGACACUGGAUAGAAAAUAGGCGUUGAUACAGGCACAUUGAUAGGCAUGAGAAGAGUGGCUGUACUGUAACUCAUGCGAGUGCCGAUCUCCACAAUCAGUGCUGUAACGAAUUCCUAAGAGUCGUGCAUGUGUGUGAGCAUUGUAUUGACGGCUGUGUUGACUCGUGUAAAUUCAAAACGUGUGUUAUUUUGGUACGUUGUGUAUGAUCAGAUAAUAAGCAAACGUCGAUUUUGUAAAAAAAUAAGUUAAUUUAAUUUCAGUAAAUUUGGCGAAAGGGUAUUCUGCCCCAAUGUUUUUUUUUACCGCUGAUGAGCAUCAUGCAUUGCCAGAUUGAACAAAUUAUGCUGGUCAAGAAGUCCCAUAGCCUGAUGCACUUAUAAUGUUAUUUGGUUAUGUGAUGAAAUAGACCCUUGCAUGUUAAUUUUUUAAAUCAAGUGAGUUGUAAUUAUGUACAAGUAAAUGUUGCAGGCAAACUAUUUUCAAACUCUUUGUGUUUUUCGGUAAAGUCACGUAGAAAUAAGAAAUAAUAAUAAAAUUACAUAAUAGCAUACGACGUUUCGAUUUCAACGCCAUCAAUCAUCAUCAGGUAUAGAAGAGCUAAAUUUAGGAGAGAGAGGAAACACAGAACCGCAGAUAUAUAUAGACACCUAAGUAGAGGGAGUUAACACAGAGUCGCAAAGAGACAACGUACGGAGCACAGAGAGAUCGGGUCUAUUUUCAAACUGUCAAUACCAACAUGCACUAAUGAUAUGUAUUAUUUGGUACUGGAGUACAGGCAAACGUUUCUUGAAGAUUUAACAUUAACACGAGAUGUGCACUGUCAAAGGCAACCUAUUGAACAACUAUUAAAUUUAAAUUAAAGACUAAAAGCCCAUUGAGUUGGUGGUUUAUGUGAAAUGCCGUUGAAUUGGCUUGUCGCGUACAGGCAAAACAUCCACAAUGUCUGCUGGCUUGAUAGUGCGUUUUAAACGUGUUACAUUUUCCCAUUUAUGUUCAUAAGAUAAUUUAUCAACUGAAUAAUUCUUAACCUGUAGUUGAUGCAGACUUUUUAACCUGGCAAAACAAGUAGAAAUUAAAAUCUAUUAUUUUUGUAUGAUUGGUCAGGGCAGCAUGUUCCUUCGAUAUAAUACGUAAAGUCAGUGAUGUUUGCUAGUUUAAUUAACGCAAGAAAUGGGCCAAGGGAUCUUUUCGAAGACCCCAGUCAACCUUUGCUCAGUGGGAGGUCACUCAUUUAUUGCUGCCCACAGUUUGUACCCCCCCCCCCCAGCCAUCCGUGCUGUUGACUUCCUGCCACUGUUCAAUACCAUACUUAAGACCCUCAAUUUUUCCUCUGCAUAUGCCCAACUGCUUCUAAGAUAAACAUGCUCUGUUUCUGUACAGAAUCUUGAGAUGAAAUUAAUGAAAUAAUUGUAUCACUUACAAUGGGCAGGUACAGACUCACACCCUCAAAGUACCGCCCAAGUUUGGUGGCCAGGGGGCAUCCUAUCAUUCGCGUGAGGUUUCCCAAGGAACUGUUUUCCUCCCACGUGACAAAAAGAGCUCAAUAAGGAAUUAUCCCAACAUCCCAGGGAGGGCCCAGCUGACAAUGAGUUGACACUCGUUUUAGACUUGGAGCAGGGCGUGGUUGAUAAACGCCACAUGCCAACGAUUUGGCGUACGGGGCUGGUGGGUCACCAAUAUGUGGCUAUCACAAACCUUUUUAUUUCUAACUACGUGACUUUACCGAAAGAACCAAAGAGUAUGGAUUCCUGCAGUCACGAAAGCUUCAAAUCUUAAUUAUCACAAACCUGCUACUGAAAGUUGGCCAGUAGAUGGCAGUACAGCAAGUUCCCGAUCUGUUUGUGUAACGGAAUCUUAAAAGUUAUAUCUCAUCGUAUUCUUGGUGGGUUUCCUCCGGGUACUCUGAAGCGCAAAACAAAAUUAUUGUCCAAACAUCCAAA